AGUUGCAGUUUGUUGAGAGUCUUCGCUUACAGUGAGUCAGAGUGGGAUUCGCCUCUGCUCGCGUUCCUUUGUCAUUUCCAACAUAUGAGGACCUUUCUCCGCGUUUUAAAGCCAACUUGACCUCGGUCGUGAUGUCUGUCAAGUGCCCAACAGCCCCAGCUGUCCACAGACCUGGUGGUGCGUUCAGGGGCUAGCUGGCCAACUGUGCCCACCUCACUGGUGGCGUCUUCAGCUGGGAUGCUGAGAAAGAACAACAACAGCAGCAACAGCAGCAGCAGCAGCAGCGGCGGCAGUGGUGCUGGGAUGAAACAGAAGGAAGGGGGGUCACGGCACCCCCCCAAGCCGCACACGGGCUCGCUCUCGGCCGGAUCCACCAAGGCCUGGAAUAUAGGUCGUAACACCAGGACCCACAACUCUCUGAGCAGCAUGAGUCUGGCGUCGUGCCUGGCGGAAGCGUCCAAGUCGGUGGACCCGGAGUACGUCAUGCAGCUGGUGAACGACGUGCGCAGGUUCGCUGACGUGCUGCUCAACCUGAGAGACGCUUUCCAGGUCAAAGAGAACCAGGAUGGUCUUCAGCAGGUGGUCCAGGAGCGUUUGGCGGAAUUGCUGCGGGUCCUCAAAGCUGUCAUCGGCAAACACCCCACCCUAAAUUCGGUGGAUAUUCUUGGAACAGCUGGCACUGUCAUCGCCAAGACCAAAGGAAUCAACUUCCAAGAACUGAAUUUGGAAAACAGCAAAGGAAUAUUCGCGGAGAUACACUCAUCCAUUGACACUUUGGCGUUCACGUUCGGCAAUGUAGUUUCUGCCUUCCUUAUGGGAGAUGUGGACAGCGGCUCAGGGUUGGGGAUCCCCCAGACCAGGAGGAGCAGGUCUUUCGACAGCCUGGCUGUGGACCCUGAGGGGUAUGUUCCAGAGAAGAACGAGAUCACGGGCCCAGAUCUGCCCUUGUCACGGGAGGAGGAGGUCGACCUGGCCUUGCUGAAGAACGACAGCGGGGUGGAGGCGGCUCUUCUCUACGCCAAGGCCUGGUCCAAGUAUAUCAAGGAUCUUCUGGCCUGGAUGGAGAAAAGACUGACCAUGGACAUGGAAUACGCCAAGAGCUAUGCUAAAAUGGCCGAGUCUGCCAGGAACCUGGCGAGUCAGCAGGACUACAUGCCCUUCAGCGAAAUCUACGUUUCCUCCUUCAAGAACGACAUCGAGUUCAACCAGCUGCUGCUGCAGACUGCGGCGGCUCUGCAGACCAACAAAUUCAUCCAGCCUCUGCUGGCCCGCAAGAAUGAGCUGGACCGGCUGAGGAAAGACAUCAAGGAGCAGUGGCAGCGGGAGCAGAAGAAAAUGCAGGAGGCGGCGGGGAACCUGCGGAAGGUGCAGGCGAUGACGGCGCAGCGGAGGGAGGAGUAUCAGAAGGCUCACUUAUCAGCCAGCCGCUCCCAGGAGGAGCAGCCCGGCAACAGACAGCUGGACAAGAAGAGGAGGCUGGAGGAGGAGGCGCUGCAGAAGGCGGAGGAGGCCCAGGACCAGUACCAGAGCUGUGUGGCAGACGCUGGCGUCAAGCGCAUGGACCUGGCCAACGCCAAGAGCACCAUCCUGACACAGAUCCGGGAGAUGGUCUUCCAGUGUGACCUGACUCUCAAAGCCGUGACUGUGAACUGGUUUCAAAUGCAGCAGGGUCAAACCGUGACGCUCCCGACUCACUACCAGGCUCUGAGCGAGAACGCCAAGCUGUACGAGCCGGGCGAGUGCUACUCCGAGUUCGUCCGGAACCUGCCCAAAAACGUGCCCAAAGAGCGCUUGCAUUCCGAUUCCAUCUCGUCCGACAACGCCAGGUUUGUCUUCAACAAAAGGUCAGUGGGCAGCACUCACUCCUCCCACGGCAACCUGUCGCAGACAUCCAUCACCUCCUGCGACGUGCUGAGCGGAGACGAGGUGGACGGCAAGACCGGCGCGCCGAGGUCCGACAGCAGCACCGACAUUCAAGCAGUGAGGACGCAGCCUCCGCUCCGAGUCUGGGCCUCCAGCAGCCAGGGCAGCCAGGGCGGGAUGUGCAGCGACUCGGAGAGCGCCGGCGGCAGCAGCGAGUCCCGCUCCUUGGACUCCCCCACCGCCAGUCCAGGAGACUUCAAGCGACGGCUGCCCAGGACCCCGUCCACUGGAACCAUGUCGUCCGCCGAUGACCUGGACGAGAGGGAAGCGCCGUCGCACUCCAGCAACGGUCUGGCAGAGAUGGUGACCGAGACGGCCAGUUCUCCCGGACCCUACCGGAACGCCCAGAUGUCCAAAGCCGCCCAAACACACAAGCUGAGAAAACUCCGAGCUCCUUCCAAGUGCAGGGAGUGCGACAGCCUGGUGGUGUUCCACGGCGCCGAGUGCGAGGAGUGCUCCCUGGCCUGCCACAAGAAGUGUCUGGAGACGCUGGCCAUCCAGUGCGGUCACAAGAAGCUGCAGGGGAAACUGCAGCUCUUCGGCAUCAGCUUCACCCAGGCGGCCAAGAACAGCCCGGACGGGAUCCCCUUCAUCAUCAAGAAGUGCACGUCGGAGAUCGAGAGUCGGGCACUCAACAUCAAGGGGAUUUACCGCGUCAAUGGCGCCAAGUCACGAGUGGAGAAGCUGUGUCAAGCGUUUGAGAACGGGAAGGAACUGGUGGAGCUGUCGGAGCUCUCGCCUCAUGACAUCAGCAACGUCCUCAAGCUCUACCUGAGACAGCUCCCCGAACCGCUGAUCCUGUACCGGUUCUACAAUGACUUCAUCGGCUUGGCGAAGGAGUACCAGAGGGUGAUGGUGGACGAGGCCGACCCGCUCAAGUGCACCCAGAAGACGGAAGUACCGAGCGCUCCCCUCCAGCAGGUCGUGCUCAGGAUCCGAGACCUGCUGCGGCAGCUUCCUGCUGCCAACUACAAGACCAUGCAUCACCUGAUCGCUCAUCUCAACAGGGUCGCUGACCAGUCUGAGGAGAACAAGAUGACCGCCAGCAACCUGGGGAUCAUCUUCGGCCCCACACUGGUGAAGCCUCGGCAGACGGACGCCCAGGUGUCCCUGUCCUCCCUGGUGGACUAUCCCUUCCAGGCCCUGAUGGUGGAGCUGCUGGUGCGACACUUCCCCGUGGUCUUCGACUCCUCCCACCUGUCUCCCGCCGACCCAUCCAGCCAGGUGUCGCCGAGGCUCACGCCUCAGGAGAAGCUGCAGCGGCUCUGCAGACACUCCACCUCCAUGCUGGACAUCAAGGAGAACAUCAAAGUUUACAAGCGGUUCUCCUCCGUCAUUCCGUCCUCUCACAUCCUGAACGAGGUCCAGGAAGUCCAGCCGGGAACCGACAGAACCCAAGUCUCUGACUGCGACGGACUCAACGGCAACGUGGGUGAAGAAGGUCAUAGUUCAAACUUGGCAUCCGGGCGACCCAGCGUCACCGGCGGGUCGAGCGUCGCGGUGCCGAAGGUCCAGCUGCGGCCGCCCAGAACUCGACAGUCCCGGCCGGUCAGCAUGCCUCUGGAGCGGCUGCCUGCUCCCGCCAACCGGGCCCACGCCGGCAGAACUGACGCCGAGCCGGUGGACGACUCCAUCCCGGAGCUGACAGAGCCGGAGAAGUCCGUCCAGGGUGGCUCUUCGCGGGUCAACACCUACUUCAUGCCCUUCCUCGACACGCAGGCCCUGCAGAAGAAGACCUGGGACAAGAAGUACAAGCGCUACGACGUCACACCCCGGACCGCCAUGAUCAUCGCCAACCUGCCGUCCAGCAGCUCCAUAUCGCCACCUCUGAAAACUGACCCGCCGCUUUCCAGCUCUGCCUCCGUCAAGAAGCAGGACAGCGACCGGGAUCAGGCUGCCGGCGAGUGCAGGAGCUCCCCGCUCACGCUCCGGGCUCCCAGGACUCUGCAGCCUCCCCCGGGGACUUUCUACAAGCCCCCCGUGUCCAGCCGAGCUCGGACAGUUCCAAACUGGACUACGACGGUCACCACCGUCACCACCACGACCACCGUGUCGUCGCUUGCUCCCCAUGAGCAGGUGGCCACCUCCCCACCCGUGUUCAGCAGCCAGACGCGGCUCCAGUCGCAGGACUCCACCGACAGCGCCGUCGACGCGGGACUUUUCACGCCGCCGCCACCUCUGUCCCCGCCCUCCAGCGCCCCCGACGACCCCAGCGAGACCAAACACGUGUACCAAAGACUGCGCCCGCGCCGCAUGCAGGAGCUGGAACACAGAGAAGCUCACUUCGUCUGAGACUCACCUCCGCUACUGUAUAUAGCUUUUUCUACCCAAAACAAACCGGAAAAGUGUUACCCUAAUAUAUUAAAGUUUAUUUACUCGCGGGCGCAGCGGCUGGUACUCACAAGGUCACGGAUUCAAACUCCAUUUUACAGUGAAACAAACCUAUCAUUUUUAUUGGUACAGAAGAAAAAAGAAUUUUAAAAGCAAGUUGAUUCUGAAUUGUGUCUUUUUAUUUGUCGUAAUCUCGCAACGCACUUAAUGACCGUUGGAAAUUCUCGUGUCGAUGUUAAAUUAAGAGACUUCAUGGGCGCGAUGGUGGCAAAUCUGUGAGUAGUACACGGUUUGUCGGCUUGUGUGAGGCGGGGAGACCUGCAGCCCACCUCGCUGCAAGUAAAAUAUAUUUUCCACUAUUCAUGAUGUCCGUCUGUUUUCCUUCCCAUCUGCCUGUUGCUAAUGUGCUUUUGUCUGCGUUUGUUUUUGGGUGAAUUUCGACACGGAAAUGUUUGGAGGGAACCUCUUGACGCUGUAAUUUCCUCCCACGGCUCAGAAUCACGCAGAGCUUUAUUGGCGUCUGUGAGGCUUUAUUAUGAUGCGGAUGUCCGUCGCUCUGCCAAGUGUGUUUCUUUGCCUCUAAAUGUGGGUGUCCUGCACCCCCCACCCCCGUCACCCACCCUGCUGU